CUAACGUAGGACGGAAGUUGUCUGCAGGCGCCAAGGCAUACCAGGACACAAGCACUUCCCAGCCGACAAUGACUUAUACUUCUGUUUUUAACUGCUUCUAGUGACAAAGGAGUUGGUUAUUUCAGUUUUAUACAAUUUUAGCAUUUUAUUGCACAUCCAAGUGUAUCAUGCCUUCAAUAUUUUUGGACGGAGUGACAGUGCAGUUUCCUUUCACACCGUAUGACUGUCAGAAGAAGUACAUGGAGAAAGUGAUUAAAUGUCUCAAGGAGAAGUUAAAUGGAGUCCUGGAGAGUCCCACAGGCACUGGGAAAACCUUGUGUCUACUCUGUGCCACCUUGGCUUGGAGGGAGCACUUCAAAGACACCAUCUCUGCACAGAAAAUAUCUGAAAGGUUGGAGGGAAAAGAGAUGUUUACCAAUAAAUCUCUAGAAUUUUGGGGAUCCGCUUCAGAAGCUGGUUCUACGGCAGUCUCUUACAGUGAUGUUCCCCAGAUCAUAUAUGCAUCACGGACACACUCACAGCUUACCCAAGUGGUUAAUGAGUUAAAGAACACGUCAUACAAACCUAAGGUGUCUGUGUUGGGGUCAAGAGAGCAGUUGUGUAUCAAUCCAGAGGUGAGGCGUCAGGAAAGCAACCAUGUCAAGGUCCAUAUGUGUCGAGCGAAGGUAUCGACAAGGUCAUGUGUCUUCUACAAUAAUGUUGAAGAGAAAAGUACUGACAGAGUAUUGGUGGAAUCUAUUGUCGACAUGGAAGACCUGGUCAAAUUUGGCAACAAACAAAGGGCUUGCCCAUAUUAUCUCUCACGUUCUUUAAAACAGCAGGCUGAUGUGGUCUUUGCGCCGUAUAACUACCUGCUGGAUCCAAGGACCCGGAAAGCUCACAGCAUCGAUUUGGCUGGAUCAGUGGUCAUCUUAGAUGAAGCCCAUAAUGUAGAGAAGACGUGUGAAGAGGCAACCUCAUUUGACAUAACGCCAUAUGACCUAGCCUCUGCUAUUGAUGCGCUAACCAGAUUGCUAAGUGAACAUGUGCAACAAGCUAGCCUUGGGGAAGCUUCUUCAUCUGGUUUAAACCCAGAAGCUGUUGCUAAUCUCAAAGAGAUUGUGUUGAAACUGGAGGAAGCUAUUGAUUCCUAUGAGGUUCAGGAUGAUAAAGGCAUAACAAAACCUGGAAUCUUCAUAUAUGAGUUGUUAGAGAGAGCCUCCUUGACAUACAAAACCAAGGACACAGUGUUUGAAGCCCUUGAGCAGAUCGUUGGAUUCUUUGCAGGACAGCCAGGUUUAUUUACCAAUACAGGUGGAUUGCAGAAGCUCAUGGAUAUGUUACAGUUGGUAUUCUGUGGUGAAGCAUCGCAGAAGGAGCUGCAACAGAAAAUGGAGGCUAAUACAGCUUCCUUUAAGGUUCACAUCCAUAAAGACACCAGCGCUCAGAAAAAACAAAAAAAUGGCGAUCCUUGGGGUUCAUCAACAAAGAAAACAGGAAACAUUCUCAGCUACUGGUGUUUUUCUCCGGGCUACAGCAUGAAGGACCUGGAGAAUCAAGGUGUUCGGUGCAUCAUUCUGACCAGUGGUACCCUCUCUCCCUUGAACUCCUUCACCUCUGAGAUGAGGAUAAAAUUUCAAGUGUCUUUGGAAAACAGCCAUGUAAUUGAGCGGGAUCAAAUCUUUGUAAGUGUCAUUGAACAGGGACCAGACAGGGUACAGUUGAGUUCAGCAUAUGAUCGAAGAUUUCUUCCUGAGAACCUGUCAUCUUUAGGAAACACCGUGGUCAAUCUGACCCGGGUUGUACCACAUGGUCUCCUUUUGUUUUUCCCAUCGUUCUACUUAAUGGAAAAAACCUUGGAGUUCUGGAGAGAACACGGACAUGCAGAUCGCAUUGAAAGCGUAAAGCCAAUGUUUAUUGAGCAAAAAGGGAAAGGAGCCUUUACUGAGACUAUUGGAGCGUAUUACAAUAAAGUGAGUGAUUCGCAAUCAAGAGGCGGAAUCUUUGCUGCAGUGUGUCGAGGAAAGGCUAGCGAGGGUCUGGAUUUUGCAAAUACAUAUGGUCGCGGUGUUAUCAUUACCGGACUCCCUUUUCCACCGAAGAUGGACCCCCGGGUCAUUCUGAAGAUGCAAUUCUUGGAUGAGAUGAACCGAAAAAAAUUAGGUGGAGAGAAGUUCCUUACAGGGCAAGAGUGGUACAGAGAGCAGGCUUUCAGAGCUGUCAACCAGGCUAUUGGCAGGGUCAUUCGCCACAAGGAUGACUAUGGAGCCAUCUUCCUUUGUGAUCAGAGGUUUAAAAGCAAAGAUGUACAAUCUCACCUUCCAUCUUGGUUGAAGCCCUAUGUACGGUCUUAUGACAACUUUGGGAACAUUGUCCGUGAUGUCUGCCAGUUCUUCAGAGUGGCACAGAAAAUGAGGCCUGUGUUGGAGAAGAAUCCUGCGACUGAUCAGUUACUCUGUCCCGCAAGUAGUUCUGAGUUGUCUGUCCCUCAUUGUUCUGGUGCUACCCAAAAGCCAUGCACUCAGAAGGCGAAAAUUGUGGAGAUGCACACUUCUACCCUUAAAAGGAGAAGAACCGAUGAAGAUAUUGAAUAUGCGAGUAUUUUUAAACAAUACGAGUCGCCGAGUCAAAAGUCUAAAAUGAAACCAGGCAGUCUGUUUGAUGCCUUGGAGCGAGUAGAGCAAAGACGACGCAAUGACGCUUUGGGAGAAGAGAUGCAAAGCAAUUGGUCCACACUGUCGCUUCAAUACGACAAGAAGAUGGAUGAAAUGAUGCGAGGGGGGAAACGCAAAAUAAAUUUGGUGCCAGAACAGAAGCCAAGUGUCUCUGUAGUUGUUACUGGCAAUGGGAAAAACAGUAUUGCGAAGACAUUCCUUGGAGAAAUGAAGUCAUCACUGAGCCAGGUCAACUUUGAGAAAAUUCGUCAAGCUCUGUAUACGUAUAAGAAAGAUGACAAUCUGGACCAGCUGCUUCUAAACACGUCUUUAUUAACCGAUGACCCUCAUACUUACAGACUUUUACGCGGUUUGUACCCCUUCGUGCGGCCACAUCACAGAAAGAUAUUUGAUGAGAAGUGCCUGGAACAGACCGGUACUGGCUGUGGGUACAAAGCGGAACACUCAGUAUAUACAGAUGAAAAGAAAGCAAGAAUGCCACCUAGUGCUGAACAAACCAGUGAGCUUUCGUCAUCCAAAUCCGAUUUACCUUCAAGUACGCAUUUUGAUGUAGAGCAAUCCAAACAAGGAGGACAUCAAGGUCUCCAAGAAAAUCAAACUGGGGCUGAUUCAAAAACCCAAGUUCAGACCGCCUUUCUGGCUGACGUCAAAAAAGGACUCGGCCCGGAGGGAUCUGCUCAACUCUUUAAAGCUGUUAAUGACUACAAGAAGACCGACAACUAUGACAAUAUGGUGGCUGCAGCCGUGGCCUUAUUCACAGAAAAAGAUGAAAACUUCAGCCUUUUAGUCAGAUUUGGCAGCGUCAUUCGCCCUCACCAUAAGAAGCAAUACAAAGAGAUGUUGAGCGCGUUGAUGGGUCAGUCUGCUGACACAGUUCCUGCACAAAUGGACCAGACAAAAAUUGAGGAAAGGCAAUCAAGUGCAUGAUACUCAAGUUCACAUAAUUUCCAAAGCAUUUAUACUCAGAAGGCGUGUUUGUAUAUACUAUACUGUACUGUAUAUUUUUGAAUUUUGAAUGUUUCCUACUUCAAUAAAAUGCACAUUUGAUUGACAAAGAUUUGUCUUCACAUAACACUCAAUUUUGUCUUGAUGCUUAAACCAGGCUCUCACAAAUAUUUGAUGUGAAUAUAUGAAUAUAAAUUUAAAAAGUUCAAAUACACAUUUUGACCACUCCCAAUCAAAAUAGACUGGAUGUCUAUCACUUUCAAAUUCAUUGAGUUGAUAAUUUUGCCCACAUUGCUAAGUAUACUUGUUCUUGUUAUUUUGAGGUGUGUGAUAGUGUAAAAUGGCAUUUUGUAUUAGUAUUUGGCUAAAAGUGUUCUAUGCCGUUAU